AUGGGCGAAUCGAAUGGACCAGGAGAGCAGGGCAGCUCGUAUGCUUCAGGCACUAUUGCAAAACUGACUUCUGACAUUCUGAACGACACCUUCUACAACAUCGUCUAUGAUAUUGUUGCCAAGGUCCAUCGCGAUGAAAAAGUCGCCCGCAUGCGCUCCGCCGUUGUCGUGGCGAGACAGAAAGCCGAAGACGAAGCGGCCAGGCGCCGCGAAGAGUCUGGCAACAAGGCCACCCAUCCAUUAAACUCGGGUGAUCCUGACUCCGAGGAGUUCAAGGACCUUCGAGUGGAAACCGAUGCGGCAGUUUUCGAAGACAGUAAAGUUUACCUCAAGGGUAAUCCGCUCCAGACCGUCAAAGACAUCAUCUGCCCUGAUUGCCGGCUACAACGUCUGCUAUACCCAACCACAGGAGUCGGGGCGCGGCAACCACCCGAUCCAUAUCGAGAAUAUUGCAACGAUACGCCGUUGGUAAACAAACCGGGACACGACGUGCACGGCAAUCCGUUCGCGACCGACAAACUGAAUCCCAAGAAGAAGAAACAGACCACUUCAUCUAAUACCCCCGCCUCGAGUCCUCCUACGACGCCCGAUGGCUCAUUCAAGCAUGCAGCCCCGGAAAAGAUCUCAUUCCCGACGGUCAAAUGCCCGCAGUGUCCGAGAUACUUCGUCGUCACGCGUGUAGCGCAGCACAUGGAUCGAUGCAUGGGCCUAUCAGGUCGACAGACCAGUCGGAACAAAACACCCAUGGAAAAUGGCAACAGUACGCCUACUUCCGCUCCGCCGAAACGCCCAUUAGAGGAUGAUACGCCGUCGGCGGCUAUUACGAAGAAGAAAAAGCUGGGCGCUCCGAAGAAACUCUCGGGCAAAAAGCCACCUCCUGCUCCCAGCAGUAAACUAAAGAACGGCCUCACGCCUGAUAUGGCAGCCGCCGCCGAUGCAGCAGCUUCCGGGGACGCUGACAUCAAGAGCGAGGCGAACGGAGAUGCUUGA